AUGAUCAACCCCAAAAAUGAUGCAAAGUAUAAAGUAGCCUGUGUUGUGCUUCAAGAGAGCUGUGUCCCAAUUCUUGGUGUCUCGGCAGCCCAGCAGAUGCAGUUGCUGGAAAUAAAACACGAGAACAUUAUGAAGGUGGAAACACGUGAGAGUUCGAAAGUUCCUCUCACGAAGGAGGUACUUAUGGAGGAGUUCAAGGAUGUGUUUGAGGGUACCGGAAGGUUGCCGGGGUCCUUGCACCUUGAAAUAGACACGUCAGUACCACCUGUAGUUCAUCCGCCAAGACGUGUCCCGAUAGCACUGAAGGAAGCAUUAAGAGUCGAGCUGGAAGACUUGGUGAAGAAGAGCAUUAUUGCCAAGGUUACCACUCCAACCGACUGGGACUCCAGUCUUGUGGUAGCAAGGAAGCCUAAUGGUAAACUGCGCAUCUGUUUAGACCCUAAAGACUUGAACAAAGCGCUGAAGCGCAGCCACUACCUUCUUCCCACCAUUGAGGAUGUGCUCCCGAAUAUGAGUGGGGACGAGGCACUUGAAGGCUUGCCAGGCAUGAGAAGCAUUGCCGAUGACGUGCUAGUGCAAGGUGUAGGAGACACUGUGGAAGAGGCUCUGGACAAUCAUGACUCCAAUGUCCGUGCGUUCUUACAGUGGUGCAGACAGAAGAACCUGAGGUUAAACCUGGGAAAAAUGAAGCUCAAGCAGACACAAGCAGCAUAUAUUGGGCACCUACUCACUAGUCGAUGGCAGACCCAGAAAAAAUCGAGAAAGAGCUCCUUGCCUGUCUUUGGAGUUACCAAGUUCCACCAGUACGUAUAUGGAAGGCCGUUUGUGGUACAGACCAACCAUAAACCACUGGAGAACAUUAUGCAAAAACCGCGUUAUGCGGCACCGAAACGGCUGCAAACCAUGUUGGUAAAGCUACAAGGCUAUGACGUAGAGUUGAAAUACCAACCUGGCCCUACUUUGUACCUGGCGGAUACGUUGAGUAGAGCAUACGUUCCAGGAGAUCCUGAACUGGAUAGCUUCGAGAAGUACCUGAAUAAUGUCAAUGUGCUGAGUUACCUGCCAAUUUCAGAAGGUAAACUCGAACAGAUCCGUGCUGCUACUGAACGCGACUUGAGUGUACUUAAGUCUUCUGUGUUCGAGGGUUGGCCCGAGAAGAAAGAUACUGUGCCGGGAGAUAUCAAGCACUAUUUUAGUCUAAGAGACCAGUUGUCGGUGCACAACGGAAUCAUCUUGACUGGUGACCGCGUGGUAAUUCCCAACUCAAUGAGAAGGGAAAUGAUGGACCAGAUACACAGCUCACAUGUUGGCAUUGAAGGCUGCCUGUGGCGGGCUAGAGAGUGCCUGUAUUGGCCAGCAAUGAAUUCGGAAAUUCGCAAUUUCAUUGUUGCAUGUGAAAUCUGCAACUCGAUGCCCAGGAAGCAGCAGGAGACGUUAGUGCCACAUGAUGUGCCUGGUAGGCCAUGGGCUACGGUGGGAACAGAUCUGUGCUAUAUCGAUGGGUUGAAUUACCUCGUCACCGCGGAUUACUACUCAAACUUUAUUGAGGUAGAUUAUCUGGAGGAUACCAGAGCAGAAACAGUUGUCACGAAACUAAAGGCACAGUUUUCACGCCACGGGAUACCGGAUUCUGUCAAACACUACAACCCAGGAAGUAGGAUCGUCGCCAGCAAAAAGGAUCUUUGGUAG